ACCAGCUUCGCCAUUCAACGGCGCAGAUCAACUGGCGGCGUCCGCAUAUCUUGUAUCCCUGACAACCUACAGAUUUCACGCGAACGCGGCCGUGGAAUUCAACGCAACAAUUUGACACCGCACGCCGUUUCCUCUUGCACCAGAAAGGACUCCUUGGGUCGUGCCAAUCCACAUAAUCCCUGCCUGUGCGGCGGCUUAGCGUAAAGCACCCCAGUCUAGAUGCCGAGAUCCGGGAAGUCACCACGGGUGGCACGCGCGCGUAAAUCCGACGUUCAGGGCGCGGGCUCGGCACCCCGCAUCCUAUCCGUGGGGAAGGCAAGCGACAGAUGCCCUGUUGAUUUUGAUUACGACCACCACCACGCCAGCACAUACGGCUAUACAUACAUGCGAGCGGACAAGGGCAAGGGAAGGGCUGAGCCGGGGCAGGACGUCGAGGAUGGGGAAAGUACAAGGUCACGUGUGAGGAGAAGGAGGACGAGAAGGCAGCAGGCGGAGGGAGGAGGGGGUAACGAUGGGUUAGUGCUGCCGUUGCAGCUGGUUGGUAGUGGUGUACUUGAUAUGACAUAUACCCUCCCAAUUCUACUGGGCUCUCAAUCCUCGAAGCAGCAGAACUUGAGCGUUCAGGUCGACACCGGCUCAUCAGAUCUCUGGAUUGCGUCCGCGUCUUGUUCUUCUUCGGCUUGCUCUUCAACGAAGGGAAAGCUAUAUGAUCCCAGUUCAUCAACAUCUUCUGGCCAGACGUUUAACAUCACGUACUUGGCCGGCGCUGCUUCUGGCCCCAUCGUAUGGGACACGGUGACUUUAGGCCGCGAUGUGGAUACAGGCUACCAACUGGACAAUCAAGCCUUUGCCGCUGCGACCGCAGUCUCAUCCGAAUCCUUGGGACCCUCCUUCAGCGGCGUCCUGGGCCUCGCCCUCCCUGCCGACUCCAUCAUUGCCGAGCUCAUCCCACCGGGCACCUCUGACGCUCCCGAUGGCGCCCCGCUUCCCUCUAACCUCUUCGGACUCGCUCCCGUCAGCGCGGCACCGGCAGCCCGCUUCCUUGGGCUCACGCUCGAGCGCCCCGGGAGCGACCGCAUACCUAGCGCGUUGGCUAUUGGACGACAUCCGACCGCGGCUGAUCUCACGUUCACGCCGAACCGCACAUUAUCGGACACGUUUUACCAGGAUAUCGAGUAUACCCCCGUCGAGUCUGACCGCACGAGUCGCCGUGGGACACGGUUUUGGGAGACGAGCGUGCAGGCAGUCAAUGUAUACGUCGAUGGCGAGCAACGGCCAGUUACAUUACCGAAAUCGGUGACCGGCGCUGUGUACCCCAGCGCGGUACUCGACUCUGGCGUUCCCGUUAUCGUGACUACCAGUGCGAUCGCGAAUGCGAUCUACGGUGCGAUUGGCGUUGGACCGAACAGCGAUGGUUCAUAUACUGUACCAUGCUCGACGCCGUUAAACAUGACCAUCACCCUCCUCACCUCCUCUACCGAGCUUUCACUCCAUCCCCUCGAUCUCACUGCCUACCCCUCAAACGACGCCUCAGCAUCAUCCUGUCAAGGCCUUAUCCAAGCCGACGACGCCGCGCUCUCCUCGCCGCUCUCCUCCCCGGGUGACUUCAUCCUCGGUGUACCCUUCCUCCGUAACGUCUACACCGUCUUCGCCUACGAUGCCCCCUUCUCGAACGGCACGUUCCCCGCCGCGACCGGCAUCCCUGCUUACGCGGACAUCACGCCUUACCUCGGCGUGCUUGGCCUCACAGAUCCGGCUACGGCGCUGGAGGAGUUCAACACUGUGCGGGUGAAGAAGGAACCGCUGCCGUCGUUCAACGGCACGGCGGGGACCGGGUCCGGGGGCGGAGGCGGAACGACGCAGGAGAGCGGGGAGAAACGACUCGCCGUAGGGAUCAAGGUGUUGAUCGGCGUUGGAUGUUUCUUUGCAUUGGCGGCUGGGUUGUUCCUGUUGAGGUGGUUCCUGAUGCGAAGGAAGUUUGCGAAGGAGGGCAGGAACUUGCCCACCACGUUUGGUGGUGUGCACCAGAGGAAAUUGUCGAAAGAGGAGAAGGAGCAGGAGUCGUUCAUCCUCUACCGCCUAGGCCAGUCAAUUAACGCGUCAAACCCGAAGAUGCCGACGGAGGACGACCUGCGGCGGGAGCGGUACGAGGCUUACAUGCAGCGCGCGCACUCAAAUUACUCCGCCAAGACGUGGGACAGCGACCAGACGCGCGUUGCCGCCGCGGGAGGAGAUCUGUCGGAGCAGGACGAAUUCGGGUGGAAGGCGUAUAAAGAUGAGGAGGAGCCUGCGAUUGCGAGUGGGAAGACUCUCAAGCAGGAGUGGACGCUGCAGGACUUCAUGCCGCAUGACGGGGAGGCGAACGAUGGUGCGGGUGUGGGGGACGCGGAAGCGACGUCACGCGCGAUGGACGCGUUGGCGGUAGAGGGCCCGACAGUCUCCGCAGGCGUGACCACGUACCCUACUCGCCGACCGAACAGCGUUCUUGUGGACGGCUCGACAUCGCCAGCGUUGCAGCACGACUAUUUCUCGCCGAUGACCUUUCCUCGAGGGACGCGGGGGAAUUCGCCGUAUGCCCCUGCGUCGCCGUCGCCGUUGGGAAGGAGCGAAACGCAAGUGGGCGACGCGCCGGCGGUGACGGUGCCGUUAUUGGCGCACACGCGGAAGGAUUCGAGGGGGAGCGAGGGGAGCGCAACCGGCGGGUGGCCAGGUGCGAGGAUUUGAUUAUUCGGUACCUUCGGGACAGGAGUCGGUUGAAAGGCAGUGGAUGGGUAGGGCGGGGUGCUGGGACCGCUGUGCGAAGGACGGAAAACUCGGGAUGGGUUAUCAUUUCACAACGGAGUUGCAUCAUGAUGGACCAUUUAGCUGUACUAUGGCACUAAUGUUUUGUUUGCUCUUGUUCGGUGUACCAUAUCAGUUGGAACAUACGCUUGGCA